CUUUACUAAUAUCUACAAAUUUUAAUUUUCAGAAUAAUCUGUACAAUCGGUGAAAUAUUUAAAAAAACAAUGGUGAUGUAGGAAAUGACGUGGCAGAAAUAGAUUGUGCCGUGCAUUGUGUCCUGAAACCAAGACUCCUGUGAAGACAGUGCUGAAAUGAAUUGAAUGAUUUCUCGUGAGUCAUCUGUGCUGAAAUUCUUUUGAUUCGACUCAAUCGGUGAUUGCAAUUUCUGUUUUUCAAGUGCGAGUGCGAGACACGUUUUUCCCAAGAUGCUUGUACUGAUUAAAGAUUCCUCUUCCAUAACGAUUUCUGCUCAGUAAUUGAUUGUCGCCUCCGGUAAUCGCAAUUGUCGGAAAAUUAAAUUAAUUAUGGAAAAUUCGCCAGUGACGGAUGAAACACAUUUAUGUCUAUGUUCAGUGUUUGACCUAAUGAUUAGCGCCCUGAACUUCUAAAACACUAAAGGAAUGACAAAUUAACUCACCAGUUGAGUACCUAAUUCCAUUUAAUCUACUAUCUUACUUUCGUGGUAUUCUUUUAAGAGCUCCCACCAAGAUAUAGCAAAGCUUCUUAAUAAAGUUCCGUGUGAUAAGAUAGGAUAAUGAAAAGGUUUGAUUGCGAAUCCUAAAACUGUGUCGACUGCACUGCCCACGAUUGUCCCGAUCAAAUAUGAAUGCAGAAAGUGUGGAUUACUCCUACACCGAUUUAUGCUCCGCCCAAUAUAGUGAGUUCACUCACUUAGUCAAUAGCAUUAAAAUAUUCUGUGUUCUAAGUAGCAAGUGACCACUGAUAACAUCAGCUGCCGUGUAACUUUCACAACCGUCAGCACCAUCUAAAUACUUAACAUUGUUUUGGUCACUCGUAUACCAAAAAUGUUGGUGUACAUCAACUAAGUAAUAUUUCUUUCCUAUAAUACUGCUUCCUAUUCCUCUUGCUGCCUCAUAAUAUCCUUUUGAUCUUUAAGGAUUUUAUUGAUGACAACGCUGGAUAACCUGCGUAUUGAUUGCUUCUUUUAGCUGCUCAAUUCUUCUCGCCUUUCCGAAGUAUAAUCUGUACUUUGAGCUCCUGGAAAGAUUCCCGCCUGCUGUGGUCUUUUUUGUAGUGACUGAUAUGCUGUACGCUGACACAUACGAUUUAGAUCCUGUUCUGUGAUACAUGCUCGUGUGUUCAUUGUGAGUUGACACUGAAAUUUUCGAAACUUGUGCAUAUAUUAUUUGGCUGUGAGAGAAAUUCAGGACAUAAAGUUUCACUGAAAUUCAAGUGAUUAUUGUAGAGAAAAUAUUUGGUUGAAUAUCUGUGCUACUUGCAGUAACAUUUUCAUCUUAUAUAUACUCAAAGAUUGUGUCUGCGAUCAUCAAUGAAAUUCAGCCACGCUACUUCAGUCGUGGGAGAAGAUAUAUUGUAAGCCGCGUUUCUCUAUUGUGUUUCUUCACCUCAAUCCUUUUCAAUGCUUUUUCUAAACGUCUAAACUACAUUGAUGAACAAGUAAUCCUCGUAAAGUGAUUGUGUUGCAGAUUUUAAAGUAGUAGAGCGCUGACGGAACAUUGUGUCGUGCUGGAUUUGCCUCUAUAAGUGUGCGCGUUAGCAUCCUUCACCCCGCAUGUCUUCGCCCAAUGGUCACAAUAGUCACAGCGGCCAACAUUGCAGAAGCCGUAAUAAAGCCUGGUCUAACAGCAUCCCAGCUAAGAUGUCCUCUGUAUCCAAUAACCUACAAUUCUACACAGUCGAGAUAGGAGACACUCGAUUCACGAUCCUGCGGCGCUACAGCAGCCUCAAGCCCAUCGGCUCCGGCGCCCAGGGUAUAGUUUGUGCGGCGUAUGACUCCAUUACCAAGCAGAAUGUUGCCAUCAAGAAACUAUCGCGGCCGUUUCAAAACGUGACGCAUGCAAAAAGAGCCUACAGAGAAUUCAAACUCAUGAAACUCGUCAAUCAUAAAAAUAUAAUUGGUUUGUUCAACGCGUUCACACCGCAACGUAGUUUAGAAGAGUUCCAGGACGUGUACCUUGUCAUGGAACUCAUGGACGCCAACCUCUGCCAAGUCAUUCAAAUGGACUUGGAUCAUGAAAGGAUGAGCUAUUUAUUAUAUCAGAUGCUCUGUGGCAUCAAACAUUUGCACUCAGCCGGCAUCAUCCACAGAGAUUUAAAACCAAGUAACAUAGUGGUUAAGUCAGACUGCACCCUGAAAAUUCUGGACUUUGGCCUGGCGAGGACGGCCGGCACGACCUUCAUGAUGACGCCAUACGUCGUCACCAGAUACUACAGAGCUCCUGAGGUUAUCUUGGGCAUGGGCUACACAGAUAAUGUUGACAUCUGGUCUGUUGGCUGCAUCAUGGGCGAAAUGAUCAGAGGAGGCGUGCUCUUCCCGGGCACAGAUCACAUCGAUCAGUGGAAUAAGAUCAUCGAGCAAUUGGGCACUCCUGCGCAUGAAUUCAUGCAGCGCUUGCAGCCCACAGUGCGCAACUACGUGGAGAAUAGACCACGAUGCUCGGGUUAUAGUUUUGAACGGCUCUUCCCAGACGUUCUCUUCCCGUCCGAGUCCACUGAUCAUAAUAGACUCAAAGCAAGUCAAGCCCGAGAUCUGCUCUCUCGCAUGCUGGUCAUCGAUCCUGAGCGCAGAACGAGCGUCGAUGAAGCGCUCAUGCAUCCCUACAUCAAUAUUUGGUUCGACGAAUCCGAAGUGCACGCACCAGCACCUGGGCCUUACGACCACAGUGUGGACGAGCGUGAACACACAGUAGAACAGUGGAAGGAACUUAUCUACGAGGAGGUCAUGGAGUACGAGACACAACGCAACUCCCUCAACGCUGCAGGAGUUCUCUCGCCUCCACCUGGCGCUCAACAGGCUUCUGUUGGUAAUGCACAACAGGCGGAGCAGUCUGUGUUGCAACAGCAACAGCAUCAGUGCCAACCUCACCACCAUGGUCAGCACAGGUCGUCAUCUUCUGCGUCGACGUCGGGGAGCACAAGCCAAAGUAACGCGUCCGCCGUCAACUCGUCGCCUGGUGCAGGCAAUGCGACGGUGGGAGGCGCGGGCGCUACAGUCGAUCAGGACAAUAUAGAUUCUCAUCGUCCUAACCAUAGAUAGGGAUAAUAUUAUAGCUCGGACACUUACAUACGCCACACUUCAUGAUUUCUUUAGGACCUUUUUAUUAUUAAUACUAUGGCUACGUAGAAUUACAGCGGGGUAAAGUGUUCAUUUGUCUCGGAGUCUGCCAAAUUCAGUAUAAUUUAUUGGUCCAAUAAUUGUUUGAGCCGACCAUCUCGUUUACUUGAAUGUGAAGUCAGUGGUUCCUUCUUCCUUUAUACGACUGCCUAGACUCGAGGAGUUGCGAGCAUUAAAAAAAAACGGUCUGUGCAAUUUCCUGCUCUACCAAAAAUGAAGUUCUUGUUUCUUUGCCAAAAUGUUUAUCGUUCUUACGUUCAGCGUGGGUUCAUCAUCAAUGGAAAAAAACUUUAGUUGUUUAUUAUUAUGCAAUGUGAUUUUUGAAAUGCGUUAUUUAUUUGAUGUAGCUAAUUCGUGAUUAAUUGCUUAGAGUUGCAUGUAUUGUUAUUAUUGUUGACGGCUCUUGACUAGACAAUUACUCAAAAUAGGGACUACGAUUGAUUGAAUAAUUGCAAAGAACUUGAUGAGUGUUGAACAGGAUGUACUUAUUUUUGAUUGAUUUACUGCUCGCGAUUGAUAACAAUGGCGAGAAAAAAAAGUUGCCAUAAUUCGUCAGGAGAAGAAGGCUCCCUUAGUUUUGCUCAGCUUACCGUGAUUAAUAGUUGCAGGAGUUAAGGUUUCCGUGUUGAACAGUUUUCGUUCAAGUAUCACCAUCAAUGACGGGUCAUUGAUGUUGAAACUUGUUUUAAUUUUUUAUGAUAUGCAAGUCUGUAAGCUUGCACAACCAUUGUUCAGCUGCUCGUGAAACAUUUAGCGUCCCAUACUCGUUGCCGAGUUUAUUUACCACAUGAUUGUGACGUGAUUUUUAACCUGCCGCCUUCCCGAUGCAUAACUGAAUUCGAACAAAGUAAGAGCCACCUACAACGCUGUUAAAUAUAUGCGAUAAGGUUAUGGCUGCAUUUCGGCAUCGUGAUGGACAAAUAAGUAAUGCUUUCAUGUACUAACAAGGGGGUAGUUCAUUAAAUUUUAGAGAAACUUUGAAUGGUCACUGGAGCAUUGACCUAAUGAUAUACAUUUCUCGUGCUUAUUCACGCGUGUAUUCCAGUUACGAUGUAGUCAAAUUUCUUGUCGCUUCUUGCUCAUCAAGCUAGCCACCUAUUUUAUACAAUGGAUUGUAGGCGUAGAUUUGUAGGACUGAAGUUUCACUGCAGGUUUUGAUCUAUUCCAUUACUGUGGGAGGCAUAAAUAAAUUGUGUUUAUAGAUGGUAAAUAUACGUGCACUCCUACUGCUACAAUGAAAUUUUGGAGAUAAAUAACCAGCCGUAGGAUACUCUCACUUUGUUUGAAUUUCAGCAUUGUCGACUGGCAAGUCCUAAGUGACAUACAUGAUGAGACACGGCCCUAUUUGUAUAUAAUGAACGAUUCACCAAUAAAUCUUGUUUAGAUCCAACAGAUUUUAUUACGGUGCGCAUGUAUUUCUCUUAUAAAAACGUUGCACUGAAAUAAAUGAUGUAGCGUCGAAGGUGACAUAUUAGAUUACGUUGUACACUUAAGAUUUAUUAAAAAUAGAAGGCUCGA